GUGGAUAGAGAUGGGAUAAAUUUCUAAAAUGUCUAAUCAAGUUUAAUCACUCAACUUUUGCCAUAUUUUAGAUGUUUGUAACACUAGCAAUGUACCAUAUUUUGCAGCUCAGUCCUCAGACCUUCCUAGGGAUGAAAUGGAGGAAAUGGAAUCCAUUUGGAGAGAACACAUUUUUCAAGGGGAACGCCACAAAAAGCAGCGAAGCCUCAAGAUACACCUUGGAUGCUUUGUUCAAUGCACUAACUUCGGGUAAGACGCUGGCGGACUACCUUGAGGAAGAAAGUGUGCAGUUUAUGCGGGAGGUUCUGGAAGACCACAAUAAAAACGUUGAUAACAGACUGGUAGAAAUUAUUCCAAUUCUUAAGAAAUACAUGGAUCAAACAAUGGGGAGCCCAAAGAAACCACAAAAAGAACUUCCUCCUUCUCCAGAUGAUGGUCAUUCUUCAACUCCAGCCCCUGCUAUAGAUCCUCCUCAUUCUACAGAUGAUGAUCAUAGUUCAACCCCUGCUCCUGCCACAGAUGCUGCGCCUUCUCCAGAUGAUGGUCAUCCUUCAACUCCAGCCCGCGCUAUAGAUCCUCCUCCUUCAACAGAUGAUGAUCAUACUUCAACCCCUGCUCCUGCCACAGAUGCUGCGCUUUCUCCAGAACUUCCUCCUUCUCCAGAUGAUGGUCAUCCUUCAACUCCAGCCCCUGCUAUAGAUCCUCCUCCUUCUACAGAUGAUGAUCAUACUUCAACCCCUGUUCCUGCCACGGAUGCUGCGCCUUCUCCAGAACUUCCUCCUUCUACAGAUGAUCAUCACACUUCAACCCCUGCUCCUCCUACAGAUCCUGCUCCUUCACCAGACGAUGAUCAUACUUCAACUGCUGCCCCUGCUAUAGAUCCUGCUCCUGCUGCAGAUCAUGCGCCUUCUCCAGAUCCUGCUCCUUCACCAGACGAUGAUCAUACUUCAACUCCUGCUCCUGCUGCAGAUCCUGCUCCUUCUCCAGAUGAUGGUCAUCCUUCAACUCCAGCCCCUGCUAUAGAUCCUCCUCCUUCUACAGAUGAUGAUCAUACUUCAACCCCUGCUCCUGCCACAGAUGCUGCGCUUUCUCCAGGUACUGAUCUUACUUCAACCCCUGUUCUUCCUACAUAUCUUCCUCCUUCUCCAGAUCAUGGUCAUACUUCAACGCUACUCCUGCUACAUAUGCCGUUCCUUCUCCAGAUAAUUAUCAUACUUCAACCGAUGGUCCUUCUCCAGAUCAUAAUUAUACUUCAAACCCUACUCCUGCUACAGAUCCUCCUCCUUCUCCAGAUCAUGUUUAUACACCAACUCCUGGCACUGCAACAGAUCCCGCCUCUUAUCCAGAUCAUGAUCAUAUUGAAAAACCCUGUUCCUGCUAAAUAUCUUCCUCCUUCUCAAGAUCAGUAUCAUACUUCAACUCCUGCCACUGCUACAGAUACUGCUUCUUCUCCAGUUAAUGAUCCUAUUUCAACCCCUGUUCCUGCUACAGAUCCUCCUCUUCUCCAGCUCCUUCUCCAGAUCAUGAUCAUACUUCAACCCCUGCUCCUGUUACAUAUCUUCCUCCUUCUCCACAUCAUAAUCAGACUUCAACCCCUGCUCCUGCUACAGAUCCUGCUCCUUCACCAGACGAUGAUCAUAUUUCAACUCCUGCUCCUGCUACAGAUCCUGCUCCUUCUCCAGAUAAUUUUCUUACUUCAACCCCUGUUUUUCCUACAUAUCUUCCUCCUUCUCCAGAUCAUGGUCAUCCUUCAACUCCAGCCCCUGCUAUAG